GGCCGGUCCCAGAAGAUGGCGGAGGAGGGGGAUUUCUGCUUACUGAACUUAUGAAACCAUGGCAGAAGGAGAAACAGCAUCACCUGGGCCCAAAAAGAGUGGCCCAUAUAUCUCAUCUGUCACUAGCCAGAGUGUGAACUUGGUGGUUCAAGGAGUAGUCUUGUUUUUUAUUGGAGUAUUUCUUGCUUUAGUGUUAAAUUUGCUCCAGAUUCAGAGAAAUGUGAUGCUAUUUCCACCUGAUGUGAUUGCAAGCAUCUUUUCUUCUGCAUGGUGGGUGCCACCAUGUUGUGGCACAGCUUCAGCUGUGAUUGGGUUAUUAUACCCCUGCAUUGACAGGCAUCUGGGAGAACCACAUAAAUUUAAAAGAGAGUGGUCCAGUGUAAUGCGGUGUGUAGCUGUCUUUGUUGGUAUAAAUCAUGCCAGUGCCAAAGUGGAUUUUGAUAACAACAUACAACUGUCUCUCACACUGGCUGCACUCUCCAUUGGACUGUGGUGGACUUUCGAUAGAUCCAGAAGUGGUUUUGGCUUUGGAGUAGGAAUCGCGUUCUUGGCAACGGUGGUCACUCAGCUGCUAGUCUAUAAUGGUGUUUAUCAGUAUACAUCUCCAGAUUUUCUCUAUGUUCGCUCCUGGUUACCAUGUAUAUAUUUUGCUGGAGGCAUAACAAUGGGAAACAUUGGUCGACAACUGGCAAUGUAUGAAUGUAAAGUUAUUGCAGAAAAAUCUCAUCAAGAAUGAAGAAGGAAAAAAUAUAUCUUUUGUACAGAAAAACACGAAGAAAAGGGCAUGUAAAUUACAUCGACAAAUUUUGGACUGUAAAAUUGCUAGGAUGCAGUUUUUCCCGAUUGGUGUGUAUAGACACACAUACAGGCACACGCACACACACACGUACAAAACAUUACUACUGCAAUCUGUGAUUACUCUAUCUGUAAAUCAGUUACAAACCUUUAUGUAUGUGACCUAAAAACUGUAAGAUAUGUGCAUUACAUGAAAAAUGUUGAUUAGUAGUAGAUACGUUUUUUUUAAAAUUAAUUUUUUAAACAUACCAUACAUUAUAAUGUUAAUGUGCCAAAUUAUUCUAUUACUAUCAUUAAGAGUCUAAGAAUGCUUUGAACAAUUUAUAAACAGUGAAAUAAAAUAAGAGGAAUGCCAAAAAUAAAAAGCAAAUGGGGAGCUGGUA